UUGUCAAAAAAUGCGUGUUAAUAAUUGUAGUUGUAACUAGGUGAGAGAGAGUAGAGUUGAUGGAUAGGAAGGAGGAGGAUUUUUUAUAUCCCCUAGAGAACCCCUUUGGUUUAUUUUUUGGCAACAUUUGUUGUUGUUGAGAGGGGGAAAGUUUUUUCUUGAUGAUGUUCUUUGAUUUAUGUUUUAUUUUUGGAAAAUAAUUAUUUUUCAAUGAAAAUGAUUUAGUAUUUUUUAAAUUUUUUUUGAAAUUUCCUGAAAUUUUUUUGAAUUUUCUUUUUGAAUUUUUUCGAAAUUCUUUUUUGAAAUUUUAAUUCUUUUCCCUAUUUUUUGUUUACUCUCCCUAGUAUUAUUUUUCAAUUUAAAAAUUUUUUUUUGGUUUUUCAAAAUUUUUUUUUGCGAUUUCUAACGAGAAAAAUCACAAAAUAUUUUUCGCCUACUCUACGUAGUAUUAUUUUUGAUUUUUUGAAAUUUUUAAUUUUCAUUCUAUUUUCGCCUUUCCUUAAUUUUUUAUCUCCCUUCUCCUUUAUUUUAUAUAUUCCCUAUUUUUUACUCAAUUUUUUACUUGGCCAAUUUAAUUUUCCUAAAAAGCGCAUUCCUGCAUCUUGUCAAGAAGUCAAGAUAAGCUUUUAAAAGAAAAAAAAGCUUUAUUUUUGCACCUUCCGGUGCUUUUCACACAAACAAACGCAUUUAUUUUUAAAAAAUCACACCGUAAAAUUUAUGUGUGUUUUUUGCUUCUUCUUGACAAGAUAUAUAAUUUAUGUCUUCUUAUCUACCCUUAAUUUAUCUUUCCGAGGGAAUAAAGGGAAGGGAGAAGGUUCCAAUUACUAUAAUUCAUCCUUCCAAUAUGGCUUUAAUUUAUUGUCCUAGAUGACAAAAUUUUAAAAUACUCGGAAUUUAAAAAAGGGACUGCGACCGAAUUUUAUGUUUUUUUUCGAGAACCUGUGAUUUUCCAAAUUCAAAUUUUAAGUCGCAGUUUCGGUUUUAUUUUAACACAGAUCUAUUUUAUAAGGACCUUUUUAAACUUCCUGAACACCUUUUUUCCAAAUUUUGUUUUUUAACUUCAUAGAGGUGUUGGGGCUGGGGCACUUUUUUAAACUUCCUAAACUAUUUUUUAUCAAUUUUUGUUUUUCUACUUUAUAGGGAUGAAAAAAGGGAUGUUUUAUACUUUUAGUAAGAAAAGAUUAAGUUGGGAAUUUGUAAGAAGCAUUUUAAAUUUAAAUGUCAGGAGAAAGGCUAAAAUAAAGAAGAAAAAGAUUUUCAUACAAG